AAACUGCAGCCAAUUUGCGAGGCGGCCUCAUUGCCCAGCCAGACCCCAGCCUCUGACAGGUUCCGGCCGCCCUCCUUGCCCUGUCCUCCGCCGGCCCCCGCCCUUCGCCCCGGGACCCUCCAGCUCUGCUCACUCGCUCUCCCCUUUGCCCGGAUACCAUGGACAAGCUUUGGUGGCGCGCAGCCUGGGGACUCUGCCUCGUGCAGCUAAGCCUAGCGCAGCACAUCGAUUUGAAUAUAACCUGCCGAUAUGCCGGUGUAUUCCACGUGGAGAAAAAUGGCCGCUACAGCAUCUCAUCAACCGAGGCGCCUGACCUCUGCGAGGCUUUCAAUACCACCCUGCCUACAAUGGCACAGAUGGAGAAAGCCCUGAGCAUUGGGUUUGAGACCUGCAGGUACGGGUUCAUAAAAGGGCAUGUGGUGAUCCCCCGGAUCACCCCUGUCUCCAUCUGUGCCGCCAACAACACAGGGGUGUACAUCCUCACAUCCAACACCUCCCAGUACGACACGUAUUGCUUCAACUCUUCAGCUCCAGCAGACACAGAAGAUUGUACUUCAGUCACAGACCUGCCCAAUACCUUUCUAGGAGACGUUACCUUAACUAUUGUUAAUCGUGACGGCACUCGCUACACCAAAAGAGGAGAAUACAGAACCAACCCUGAAGACAUCAAUCCCAGCAACCCUACUGACGAUGACGUGAGCAGUGGAUCAUCCAGUGAGCGAACCACUUCAGGAGGUUACAGCAUCUUCCAUACCCAUCUUCCAACUGCAGACCCGACUCAAGACAAAGCUGGUCCUUGGGUCACAGACAACACAGGGGACACACCAACUACCAUUACCGCAACUGUGCACUCAGACAACCAUGCAGCAGCUCAGGAGGAAAACAGUUGGCUAUGGUCCUGGUUUGGUAAUUCACAGCCUAAGACUCAGGAUGUCACAACAGCAGCAACAACAGGUACGGAUUCAAAUACCAUGUCAGCAGGCUGGGACCCAAAUGAAGAAAAUGAAGAUGAAAGAGACAAACCCCCCAGUUAUUCUGGAUCAGGCAUUGAUGAUGAUGAGGAUUUUAUCUCCAGCACCAUUUCAGCCACAGAACGAGUUUUUCGCCACCCAGGACAGAACGAGGAUUGGAAGCAGUGGAGUCCAACCGUUUCACAUUCAGGAUUACAACUUGAGAUAGCUACAGCGAUGACUGAUGUGUACAGAAGUGACACCAGUGCUCAUGGAGAAAACCGGACCCAGGAACCAGAAACUCCUCUUAUUCACCAUAAGCAUCAUGACAAUGAGGAGACCCAGCAUUCUACCAGCACAACCCAGGUAAUCCCUAGUAGUCCAACUGAGGAAACAGCUACCGAGAAAGAACAGUGGUUUUGGAUCGAAGGGCCUGGGGAACAUUCCCAGAUGCCAAAAGAAGACUCUCAUUCAACAACAGGGACUGCUGUCACAACAGCCUCAGCCCCUGGCAGCCACACAAAUCAAAGAACAACAACGAAGAGUCAAGAGGACAGUAGUUCCUGGACGAAUUUCUUCAAUCCGAUCUCACAUCCAACGGGACAAGUUCAUCAAACAGGAAGAAGGAUGGAUGCGGACUCCAGCCAUAGUACAAUGCUUCAGCCUACUACAGAUCCAAACAGAGGCUUGGUGGAAGACUUGUACAGGACAAGACCUCUUUCAAUGACAACUCAACAAAGUCAUUCUCAGAGCCUCUCUACAGAACAUGGAGAAUUGGAAGAAGAUAAAGACCACCCAACAACUCCUGCUCCAACAUCUAGCAACAGAAAUGAUGACAGCGGUGGAAGCAGUGAAAAUCUCCCCGAAGACUCAACUACAUCAGUGGAAGGUUACACCCCUCAUUUCCCAGACACAAAGGAAAACAGGACCCUCGCCCCAGUGACUCCUGUUCAGACUGGGCCCCCUGGAGUUACUGUUGGAGAUUCCAACCCCGAUGUAGCAGGUUCAUUUCCAGGACACCAAAACAACAAGACUGAUGGGAGGUCCCAGACUACUCAUGGAUCUGAGUCUGCUGGACAUUCAAAUGGGAGUCAAAGAGAUGGGGCCAACACGACAGCCAGUCCUAUAAGGAAAGCCCAAAUUCCAGAAUGGCUGAUCAUCCUGGCAUCCCUUUUGGCCUUGGCUUUGAUUCUCGGAGUUUGCAUCGCUGUCAACAGUCGGAGAAGGUGUGGGCAGAAGAAAAAGUUGGUGAUCAACAAUGGCAACGGCGCUGUGGAGGACAGAAAGCCAAGUGGACUCAACGGAGAAGCCAGCAAGUCUCAGGAAAUGGUGCAUUUGGUGAACAAGGAGCCAUCAGAGACCCCAGACCAGUUCAUGACAGCCGAUGAGACACGGAACCUACAGAAUGUGGACAUGAAGAUUGGGAUGUAACACCUACCCCACUAUCUUGGAAAGAAACAACCAUCAGAGAUAUCACUAUUACAAGGAGCUGGGACUGACACUUAACAGAUGCAGUGUGCUACUGAUUGUUCUAUUUGGGAUUUUUUUUUAGCAUAAAAUUUUCUACUCCUUUUUGGUUUUUGUGGGUUUUUUUUAAAGACAAGUCCAAUUUAUAAAAUCAGCAUUGCUUUCUGAAAUGAGGGUCCAUUUAAAAAUUGGUAUGAAUUUGAUGGUUCCAGUUCCCACCCAGAGGCCUCUCACCUCAAUGGAGGGCUUCUAACAAAAGCCACAAAUACAUCUUCCUGAUCCCCAACCUUCCCCCCCACUCCACCUUCCGGGUAGCAGCUACCUGCUAAGAACAUUCCCCAGGUCUAAGAGGGAUUAGUCUCUGGGAAGAAAUUUGAAUGGGACCCUAUUGCCCUUCCACUAGUCCAAUCCUUGGGCAUUGCUUUCCACUGGGUUGGGAGAUUGGGAUAUACUGGUUUCACAUCCCUUUCUAUAGACCCCCUGGAAAAUUUUCAGAUGCUUCUGGGAGACACCCAAAGGGUGAAGCUAUUUAUCUGCAGUAAGCUAUUUAUCUGUGUUUUUGAAAUAUUAAACCCUGGAGGUCCUUUGAUCAGUAUGUUUUUUUUUUUAAUUACUUUGUCAGAGGCAUAAAAGGGCUUAAGCUGAUUCAUAAUAAACAUCUGUACUUCUGCCACCUUAACUCUUUGUGCUGUGAUCCUUCAGUUUCUAAGCCAGCAAGGUCUAGGGCCCCACAGCCAAUCAAAGAGAUAUAAGCAUGAUCCUUCUUGAAAGUCUUCAUCUUGGGGACCCUAGGCCCCCACUCAGGCUCACUCAGCCAAAUCUCACAGAAGAUGAAGCAAGACAGCACUAUUUUAUUUCUGAGGCUGUCCAAAGACUUUCUGUCCCACCCUAAAACCAGCAUUGUGAGAGGAGGAGCUUAAGCCACUUUUGUGUUUUAAUGGCCACCUGUUGCCUCCCCCAGAAGGGAUUUGAAAAAUCAAAUUAAAUUUGCGUGACCUACCAUUUGUAGGGUCCCAUUUCAUAGAAGAUGGCCUAUUAGCCAUGUCCAAGAAUAAUAACAAAAGUGCCUUUGGACCUCUUAUAAUAAAAGUAGAAGCCAAUGGAAAUGAAAGAGUGUAGUCGGUGGCAAGCGGAUUGGCAUGGGUGGGCGAGGUGGGGGGAGUGUAGGUCCUGUUCAAGUAUUUGUAUGGCUCUAUUUAUUUAUUUAUACUUACAAGCCAGUUGUCUCCACUCUCCCUGAUGCAGUUGCUACUUAGGAUACAUGAAGUACCUGAAGAAUCCCUCAGAACGUUACAGGGCUUCCCACAAUUGGAAUCUUAUCACCAGAUAGACAGCUUUAUGGCGAAACAAGAGAAUAAAAGCUUUAUGUUCUGACCUCAUAUUUUCUCCCAUUUGGUAAGUCCUUUGUAGUCUUCACGCAUCAGUCAACAGACUCCAUUGGUUCUGGAGAUUAUGGAGAUUGAAUCUAUAAAGAAAGUGUUCUGAUAAAACUGAACCUUCUUCUUUAGGCCACCACCUGUUGCCUAAACUGAUUCGAUUAACUAAUAGUUGUUUCUCAGACCAGAAAAGAAAAAAAGGAAGAGAAGGAGAAGAAGAAGAAAAAGCUACCCCUAACUUAGGGCAGGGCUUAUACAAAGAGUUGAUUCUGAAAGACACAAUCUAAAGAAGAGCUGCUCCCUUUCUGCCUUCUCCCAACAUCUGCUCUCCCCUAUCUCCUCUCUAAUCUACUCCACUGGCUUUGAAAAAACUCCUAUCUGUUCCUCUGUGAACAUUAGUGACCAAUUUCAUAAUCAUCUGUCUAGCUCUUUCUUAUUUUGUUUCCCAGGCUGAAUGAAAAGAAAACAGACAUCAGGUCCCUCUGAUUCUUAAAUUGUGUUACUACUAUUAGUGUUAAAACUCUCCCCCUCCCCAGCUUUCCAAGAGCUUUACUGGGUCUUUGGCAGACCAGAUAGGCUCACUCUGGCUCGUAGGUCCAGAUACAACACGCUGCUCUAGGACCAGGUUCAGGAGGGUUGCAUGAGGCUUUUCUACCUGUCCCCUAAAUUCUCUCUGGGGCCGUGGAUAUAUAAGUCUCACAAAUAGGGAUGCUUUUCCACCCCUUCCAGGCAUCCCCCAAGAAAUAGAUUAAGAUAGGAGAUUAUUUUCGGUUUUAUUUUUAAAUUGAAUGUGAUCUUUCUUUUUGUUGUUAUUGUUAUCUUUUACUUGGAUAUACUUUUGUGUUUACAGGAUAGGAAUAAGGGAGGGGGAGAGCUUCUGACCCUCUAGUGGAGAACUGCCCAAGUCUUUGCAAUACCCCAGCAAUAUUCCAUGAAGUUCAGGGAAUUUAGUGUAUUCUCACCCAUGUAACAUAAUGGCAUAGCUAUGGAAGCACAGCUUGACUAUAUGUCAUUCCUACCAGUGACUUGCCAGGUAACCUGGGCUUAGUCAUUAAUCAGUAGUCAGGUGCUGUUGCGUCAACUCUGAUUCAUCGUGAUCCCAUGUGUGUCAAAGUAGAACUAUGCUCCAUAGGGUUUUCAAAGGCCUUUUUCCAAAGCACCUCUAACCAAAAAACCAAACCUGAUUCCAACUCAUAGCGACCCUAUAGGAGAGAGUAGAACUGACUCAAAGGGUUUCCGAGGGACACCUGGUAGGUUCAAACGGCCAGACCUCCUGGUUAGCAGUCAUAUCUCUUAACCACUACGCCACCAGGCUUUCCAAGGCACCUCUAGGUAGACUCAAACCUACAACAUUUUGGUUAGGAGCCAAACAAGUUAUCCAACCAUUUAUACCACCUGGGCCUUGUUUGUAAAAGUAAGGGUUCAGCAUUUAACUGUUUUGCAAAGCAACCUGAGAGCUUAAGAUGUAAUUUUUUCUGCAAUUGUAAAUAAUUUCUGACUCCUGAGGACGUUCCUUAAAUAAGCAUUGGGUGAAAAAUCAAGCGGAACAAAGGACACCUUUGUGUCCAUUCCAUAUUUUCAGCCUGGCAGAAUGGGUUUCUCCAGCAGAAACUUACAAAAAAGUUUUUAUGUUGAGCUCCAUAACACCAAAAAUUGAUUCUGUAGCCAAGGUUCAUCCAGUAUAUUGAAACAGAGGACUGGAAGAGAAGAAGCCCCCAUGUUCUCUGGAAGAGUAAAAUGUACUUAAGAAUAGAAAUAACAUGGUCCAUUCACCUUUGUGUCAUAGGAAGGUCUUUUUGCAAAUCACUUGUGUUGACUUUUAAAAGAAUAGCUUAUAGUUUAUGCAUGUACAAUGACCACUGUUACUUUGCCUUUUUAUACCACACCCUCUGAUUUUUGUAUAUUUAUUGAUUGACUAGUAACAAUGAAGAAAGCAUAAUAUGUAUACUGCCAGGUUGAACGCACUUAUUGGAAAAUAUUAAAAGGUUAAUGGAAAUGGA